UUCCGGAGCGGCGUCAGCCCUUCCCCAAGAUGGCGCCGGUGCUUGGGCACUGAUUGCUCGGGCGACGCGCGAGGCCCCGACGCUCUGCCCGCCGUUCACUUCCGGCCGGCGGCCGCCGACUGGGGGAGAGCGGCCAUGGGGUGGCGGGACCGGCCGGCGGCGGGGCGGGACGGGGCGGGGGUCUCCCGCCCGCCGGCCUGAGGCAAUCUGGAAAUGCAAAUGGAGACCUGUCACUUCCUCCUUUGUACAGAGCCUGGAACUGAAAAGUGACAUCCUGACGUCUAGGAGCAUCACAAACCCGGAAUGACUGGGGAGAAGCUGCUUUGGUUGACAAUCCAUAAACCUGCAUGUUCGUUAAAAGGUAGUGCUUGCUGUUGGAGCAGUGCUCUUCCUCUGUGGAUAUCAAACUGCUUUGCAAAGUCUGGCAAGCUUUGCUUUGCAGCAGAGUAGUCUGGAACUAUAGUGAGAACUGCCAUGUAUGCAGACUGCUGUUAGAGUUUAACAAAUAGCUACGGUGACAUCAGAAGGUGCCUCCAUCAACCACGUGAUACGGCCCUGCUUCCUGAGGUUACAGUCCCACCACUCUGCCAGCAGAACGGUUUGUGCAAGGGCUCUCUGUGUACUUUCGGAAAAUCAGCAAAGUUAGGUGACAUAGGCUGCUUUAGCUAACUUAGGUACUUCGUCAUCUACAGAAAGUGUGUCUCGUUUCAGAUGCCAGCACUUCCAGUCUAGUCAGUCAAGAUAGGAGGGCUGAGCCUGGAUCUGCUCUGUACUUUUGAGGUAGAUCUGGGGCAUACCACCUCUCCUACCCCACUCCAAGGAGUCAUGGAAGACAAACGCAACAUCCCCAUCAUUGAGUGGGAGCACCUGGACAAAAGGAAAUUCUACGUGUUUGGGAUUUGCAUGACUAUGAUGAUCCGGGUGAGCGUUUACCCUUUCACACUCAUCCGGACACGGUUGCAGGUUCAGAAGGGCAAGAGCCUAUACAAUGGGACUUUUGAUGCUUUUGUGAAAAUCCUGCGGACAGAAGGGACAGCUGGGCUCUACCGUGGCUUUUUGGUCAACACUUUCACCCUGAUAUCUGGACAGUGCUAUGUGACAACAUAUGAGCUCACUCGAAAGUAUGUGUCACGGUACAACAACAACAAUGCUGUGAAGUCUCUGGUGGCAGGUGGCUCAGCCUCCCUGGUGGCCCAGAGCAUCACGGUGCCCAUCGAUGUGAUCUCCCAGCAUCUCAUGAUGCAGAGGAAGGGGGAAAGCAUGGGCAGGUUUAAGGUGCAGAACCAAGAUGGCAAGCGGAUGUUGGUCUUUGGCCAAACCAAGGACAUCAUUGUACAGAUUUUCAAGGCUGAUGGCUUUAGAGGCUUCUACAGGGGUUAUGUGGCCUCGCUGCUCACCUAUAUUCCCAACAGUGCAGUCUGGUGGCCCUUCUACCACUUCUAUGCCGAACAACUUUCUGGCUUGACUCCUAAAGACUGUCCCCAUCUCCUCCUGCAAGCUAUAUCAGGGCCACUUGCAGCUGCAACAGCUUCCACUCUCACCAACCCCAUGGAUGUCAUCAGGGCUCGGGUUCAGGUGGAAGGCAAGAGCUCCAUCAUCCUCACCUUCAGACAGCUCAUGGCAGAGGAAGGUCCCUGGGGCCUGACUAAAGGCCUCUCUGCCCGCAUCAUCUCAGCCACUCCUUCCACCAUUGUCAUCGUGGUGGGGUAUGAAACUCUGAAGAAGCUGAGCCUCCGCCCGGAGCUGAUGGAUUCGAGACACUGGUAGAGGCAGCUAGUGGAAGAGAAACCUUUGAACCCUCCAAAUUUGGACCGUCACGGUUGAAAGCUCAGGAGUAGAGGAGAGGCAGCUGCCAUCUCCUUUGUCUCUAGCUGGUUUCAUAGUACAAGGCAGAAGCAAGAGCAACUGCAAUUCACCUCUUUAGAUUUGAUUAUAAUACAAUGCUCUGCUGCUGUUUCUGCUUAAAACCAUCAAAAUGUGACCUUCGGCAAUGUGCUGUUUGCCUGUGACAGUUCAUUCAAGAGCAGCCAGGUGUGUGAAUGCAUCCUGGCAAGUUCUUAAUUCCCUUUUUUUAAAUUAAAGACUUACUGGCUGAAGCAAAGAGCCAGUUUAUUCUUUAAAUUAUUUUAGUCUUUGCCAAACUUCCGAGGAGGGGAGUCUAACAGGCUGCAGCAGAGCCCUCUGGUGGGUUGGGUGCUGAUUGCAGUUGUACUGUGGGAAGCUGGAAGAACAGAAUAGACAAGUUUCUCCAAUCGCCCACAUGUAUUUCUAGAAGAUGUGAGAUGAGAGUAACCUGGAACCACUUAAGAACUUAUUUACUGCAUUUUGAGUAGAUCUGUACGUACCUUUUUUGUAUAUUCUUGGAAAAUGUUUCCUAUCUCUCAUCCUUCAAACAGCAAGUUGGCUGAUAGGCAAGUUAGGAGUUGAGUUGGCUGUUUGUAAUUAGCCGAUGGCAAUUUUGACACCUAACCUAUGUUUUUAAUCUGUUGUUAUUUAAUCCUUUUAUUUUAGGGCAGCUUAUUCUGAUUUCUGGGGGACUGAGUGGUUGUUCUGUGGCCUUGUUCAAUGUGAGUGUCAAUACUGCAUGUUCAGGGUGGCUGCUGCCACUUCCCACCCUUAGUUAGUUUAAGCACAAACAGAUGUAGAGUUUGGAAGUGUCAGAUUGCUGUGCUGCCAGCCACCGAGACAAGAACUGAAUGUGAUGUGAGCUACAACUGGAUGUGAGGUGGGGAAGAAAAAAAAGCUUGUACUGGCUUUUGAUCCAGUUCAAACCUGAUUGGCAUGUUCAUAUUGAAUAAGAAGUAAUGUUCACUAAUACUUUGUAAGUUUAAAUCCUGCUUAUCCUGUUUGGGAAGGGCAAGGACGGUUCUUUACACACUCUUGCUGGAUCAAAAUCUUAAGCUAUGGUCUGUGUUUUUCACCAGAUGCAAAGUUGCAAUCGAGUGAUGAAGCAAGAGCCUGCUCUUUGGGGAGGAGGAAUGAAGGCAUUGUUUGACUUCACUCUGCUGGUCUCAGUAUUUGAGAUUUGCCUCUCAUGAUGCCAGCCCACACACGGUGCUCAUCCCAGUUAGUUGUAUGUCUGAGAGGUGGGAGAUAUGCCUCCAAAUAACAGGUGUAUCACCGCCUCUGUUCAUCUCACUGCCGUAACAAGGAAUUCUUGGUUGUAGCGUUGAUCCUGCUGAACUGUGGCUGCUGCCAGGCUCUUAGCUGUCUUUUCACUUGGGACUUGCUAAGUGUGGCUCUUACCUUCAUCCUGACAUCUGCAGUUCAGCCCGUGCAGAGACUGGAUGUGCCACAGUUUCUGCUGGAGGUGCAGACAGAUGCUGCUGAAGCUGGGAGAGAGACUUUUAUGUUUAAGGGCAGAACUUGGUUAUAAGAUACAGUACUCUUUAAUGGGGUUGAAGAUGAGUCAUCAAAGGCCUUUUAAUCCCACGUUUGUUUUCUGCAGCAUUAAAUAAGGUGAUGUAUACCCAAGCCACUGACAGAGCUGUUCGAGCAGCGUGUUCUGCAAGCUGCUCUGCCAUUACAUUUUUGUUGUUUAAAAGACCAUGCCAGUUGGCUCUUUCUGUAAUAGCAGAUUCUGCUCUAAAAAGUGGAACAGCAGCAUCACAAGAUUGCAAGGAAGUAUCCUGCAUGUACGGUAGCCCUGUUCUCACACAAAGGUGGUAGUAAUACAGAUAUUAAACAAUAAUAAUCGGCCUCUGCUGUUUACCAGCAGGGUAAGUCUCGGUGUGUGUCACAGAAGCAGGAGACAGCACGACUGUAGGGAGACACUCUCAAGCUUAAUAUUCCUCUCUUAACCAGCAAAGUUCUUGACAACUAAUAAACUUCGGAGACCUUCAAUUUGA